GAAAACCGGCGAAAGACAAAAACAACACGCACAAGGUAGGGCGUUUCUUCCUUCCCUGCCUCACUCCGUCUGCGUCCCUUCUGGAGAUCCGCCUGCGGCGAUUGUGCCCCUGCCGUGGAAGACCGUUUGAACAUGGACUUGUUGGAGGAAGACGAUGAUUAUGUUGAGUAUGUUCCAGUGGCCAAGCGCCGAGCUCUUGAGGCACAGAAGCGUCUACAGGGCAUGGGGAAGUCUUCGGGGCUCGAUGAGGAUAUCGAAAAACAGAAACUUAUUGAGGCGAAGCCGAGUUUAUUGGUUAAAGCUUCGCAGCUCAAGAAAGAUCAGCCUGAAAUUACCCAAACCGAGCAGAUAAUAAUGCAGGAAAAGGAAAUGAUAGAACAUCUAUCGGAUAGGAAAACCUUGAUGUCUGUUCGGGAGCUUGCGAAGGGAAUCACAUAUAAGGAGCCUUUGUUAACCGGUUGGAAACCGCCAUUGCCGAUCCGAAGGAUGUCUACGAAGGCCUGCGAUGCCAUCAGGAAGCAGUGGCACAUUCUGGUGGAUGGAGAAGAUAUUCCGCCGCCAAUCAAGAAUUUUAAGGAAAUGCGAUUUCCAGAACCAAUAUUGAGGAAAUUAAAAGCGAAGGGUAUUGUGCAGCCGACGCCAAUCCAAGUGCAGGGCUUGCCUGUUAUUCUGGCUGGGAGAGAUAUGAUCGGUAUAGCUUUUACAGGAUCUGGAAAGACCUUGGUCUUCGUUCUGCCGCUUAUUAUGAUUGCUUUGCAAGAGGAGAUAAUGAUGCCGAUUGUUCCUGGGGAAGGGCCGUUUGGAUUGAUUGUUUGCCCCUCUCGGGAGCUUGCUAGACAAACCUACGAAGUUGUGGAACAAUUUCUUGAACCGAUGAGAGAGGCUGGUUAUCCGGAGUUGAGACCUUUGCUUUGUAUUGGAGGAGUCGACAUGAAGUCGCAGCUUGAUGUUGUUAAAAGAGGAGUUCAUAUCGUGGUGGCGACGCCCGGAAGGCUCAAGGACAUGUUAGCAAAGAAGAAAAUGAAUCUUGACAACUGCCGGUAUCUAACAUUGGACGAGGCUGAUCGAUUGGUCGACCUGGGAUUUGAAGACGACAUUAGAGAAGUGUUCGAUCACUUCAAAGCGCAACGUCAGACCCUUCUAUUUUCCGCUACCAUGCCCACAAAGAUCCAAAAUUUUGCCCGAAGCGCAUUGGUGAAGCCCGUCACUGUAAAUGUUGGAAGAGCUGGUGCGGCAAAUCUUGACGUUAUUCAAGAAGUCGAGUACGUAAAACAGGAGGCAAAGAUUGUCUACCUUCUCGAGUGUUUGCAGAAGACCCCACCGCCAGUUCUGAUAUUUUGCGAGAACAAAGCCGACGUGGAUGACAUCCACGAGUAUCUUUUGUUAAAGGGAGUCGAAGCUGUCGCCAUACACGGAGGGAAAGAUCAGGAAGAGAGAGAAUACGCUAUUGCGUCAUUCAAAGCUGGGAAGAAGGAUGUUCUAGUAGCAACGGACGUCGCCUCCAAAGGUUUAGAUUUUCCGGACAUCCAACAUGUUAUCAAUUACGACAUGCCGGCAGAAAUAGAAAAUUACGUGCAUAGGAUUGGAAGGACGGGAAGGUGUGGGAAAACUGGAAUCGCGACGACGUUUAUCAACAAGAACCAGAGUGAAACCACUCUGCUUGACCUAAAGCAUCUUUUGCAAGAGGCGAAGCAGAGAAUACCUCCGGUUUUAGCCGAGCUGAGUGAUCCAAUGGAAGAUGCAGAGGUGAUUGCUAAUGCAAGUGGAGUGAAGGGCUGCGCUUACUGUGGCGGGCUCGGCCAUCGUAUCCGCGAUUGCCCCAAAUUGGAGCAUCAGAAGAGCAUGCAAAUUGCCAGUUCUAGGAGGGACUAUUUUGGAUCCGGGGGCUAUCGUGGCGAGAUGUGAACAGUCGCGCUCGCCUUCUCUCCUGUAAUGUUGUGUAGUCUCAAAGUGGUCAUGUAUUUCUAUCACGAGCUUUGUUCGUUCUUCCGCACUUUUUAUGAGAGAUUCCUUCAACCUCUAGCCGAUGGAUCUCAGCCGUGCCUGUGCACAGGUCAAUUUCUUUCUACGGCCCUCGACUCUAACAAUGUCUACUUUCCGGCGCUGUAAGUUAUCUUGUUUAGUUCCUGCAGUUACUUACCUUUAAAUUGGUACCGCACUUAGCCAAUAUUUUACGUAUAAUCUGUGAAGAAUUUGCUAUAGAACAAUAUUGGUUUUUUUA